AUGUCGGAUUUGACCCCCCAGAGCGAGACGCCGACGCCCACCACCGACAAGAUAACCCAGGCCGCCCGUGAAACCAUCUAUCUGUGCAACUUCCGUGUGUCGGUGGACGGCGAGUGGCUGUGCCUGCGGGAGCUCAAUGACAUCUCCCUCACACCGGAUCCAGAGCCGGCCCACGAAGAUCCCAAGGACCCCAUCACCAUCGAGAGGCUGAACCUGAUGAACAUGGCCAAGCUGAGCAUCAAGGGCCUGAUCGAGUCCGCACUCAAUCUGGGUCGCACUUUGGACUCUGACUAUGCGCCUCUGCAGCAGUUUUUCGUGGUCAUGGAACACUGCCUCAAGCAUGGCUUGAAAACCAAGAAGACCUUCCUGGGGCAGAACAAGUCGUUCUGGGGAGCCUUGGAGCUGGUGGAGAAAUUGACGCCCGAAGCCGGCGAGAUCACAGCCAGCGUGAAAGACCUGCCUGGCCUCAAGACGCCUUUAGGACGAGGCCGUGCUUGGUUACGUCUGGCCUUGAUGCAGAAGAAGCUGUCCGACUACAUGAAAACCAUCAUCAACAGGAAGGACCUUCUCAGCGAAUUCUAUGAACCCAACGCGCUAAUGAUGGAGGAGGAGGGCGCCGUCAUCGCCGGCCUGCUGGUGGGGCUGAACGUCAUCGACGCCAACUUGUGCAUGAAAGGGGAAGACCUGGACUCUCAGGUCGGCGUCAUCGAUUUCUCAAUGUACCUCAAAGACGGCGGCCACAGUAGCAAGAGCGCGGAAGGCGAUGGUCAGAUCACUGCCAUACUUGAUCAGAAGAAUUAUGUGGAGGAGCUCAACAGACAUUUAAGCGCUUCAGUAAAUAAUCUCCAGGCCAAAGUGGACGCAUUGGAGAAGUCCAACACAAAGCUUACAGAGGAGCUGGCGGUGGCCAACAACCGGAUCAUCACCCUCCAAGAAGACGUGGAGCGGGUGAAAGAAGAGAGCUCCUUUCAGCUUGAGUCCAAUAGGAAGGCUCUCAGAAGCGACUCGGCGGACGGGCCGGCGCUGGGCGAAACGCGCAAGCAGCUCAAGGAAGAGACGCUGCUCCGACUGGACGUGGAGAAGGAGCUGGAGGUGCAGAUCGGCAUGAAGCAGGAGAUGGAGCUGUCAAUGAAGAUGCUAGAGAAGGACGUGUGCGAGAAGCAGGACGCGCUGGCCGAAUUGCGACAGCAGCUGGAUGACAUGCGUCUUAUCAACCAACAGCUCAGCCACAAGUCGCAGAGCGCCGACAGCAGCUCCAAGCAGAAGAGCGAUGCUGUGGCCCGCUUAGAAGACAAAAUCAGCCAGAUGUCCAGCACCAUCAGACAGCUGGAGAACAGCGAGAAACACUUAGUGAAGCAGGCCAGAAACCUGAACUCGGCCGCAGGAAAGCUCCUCCAGCUGAAGCAGUAA